AUGCAUUCUGUGCUUGUAUGGUCCCUUGUCGUCCAGCAACCGACAGUUCUGGUCGGCACUCUUCCGCCUACUAUCACAUCCGAAGUCUGGAUCGCACCCCAAGUCAGUGCGAAGAGGAAGGCCAAUGCCAAAGGGGAAGAACACAUGCUCACCGAGCCCCUCGUCUUAAACCUUUUUCCUGAUGCGAAAUCAAUACCUUUGGCGGAGUUGCAGAGAGAAUAUGGAAGUACCUUAAGAAUAGCCGCGGACCGCGAUUCAAUUUAUGCUGCGAUUACUGGGACCCAUAUCAGGUUUCCGAAAAUGAGUCCUAUGGUCUAUAGUGCACUUCGGAUUAUCACUCGAGGCAGAGUCGAUGGCGUUACGGUGGUACAAUUCGGGCAAAGGACCAAAUACGACCAAAAGACUUGCUUCUAUCUGGUCAAGCAGCUCACUGAUUUGAACCUUGUAGUCAAGGUCAGACGAGGUGGUGUAGGAACACAUUUCGUCAUCCAUCGUUAUUUCUUCGACCGGAGCCCUUCGUGGAAAGCCAUUCGAGAUGAGGAAGUUCGAGCUGAAGUCAUUUCUCGGAACACAGACGUGCCGACUGUUGAAGAACAAGAAGACGAGGAGACUACGAAUGUUUUUCCCCUAGGUUUUACUCCUAUCGAUUCUCGACAUCUUUCCAGUCUGCCUCUGGUUCGCGGACGAAUUGUGAAGCUUUUGAAGGCUUCCACAAAUAACAUGCAUGUGUCGAACAAUAUGAUAGUCAUUCUCGGCUUUGCACAUCCCGCCAAAACAGACAGACGCUUUUUCCACAGGCGAGUACAAGAGUUGAUUCAGCAAGGCGUUGUAGAAAAAGUACUUGUCCCAAACAAGAAGAAAAAGACGAAAGUAGCAAGCGUGUUGUGUCUUCGCUUGGUGAACGAGAAUGCAGGAGGAGAUGGGAUAGUCGUUGUACCCCCUACGGAAGGUGACGAGGAUCAAAUUGAGGAUGAUCAUGGCGAGCUUUCUUCAAGGAGGAUUCAAGCUAAACGUUUCUGUGCACAAGCAAAUCAGCGAUAUGCUGGAGGAGGCCGGAACUACGGGAAUGACUUUAACCGAAUUAAGCACCUCGUUAUGCCAGUUCGACCGAAGAACUAUCGAACUCAUCCUCACCCGCGCCGAACGCUUCCAGCCCCCGCGCACCUUGGCGAUCUGGGUGUCGCCGCUCUACUCGAAACUAGCGGCAGAGAAAGACGCCACCGAUACCUUACUAUCUCAGCCUAUCGUACUCUCGUUGAAAGAGAAAAUCUUGAUAAGUCCACUGCUGGAUAUAGUGACGUCGACCUCAGUGACAUCGGUGGGUUCCUGAGUAUCGAUCCGGGAGGAUUUUAUCGAGACGAUGAAGAGUUACAUCAAUAUCAAGAUUCUUUCAAGGAUGAUGACCCGGUAAAGUUGGCAAAAGCUAGUAAAAAGUCGGCUGAGAGUAGUGUCGCGGUCAGAAAGGGGCUAAAGCGAAAGUUGCCAGUUAAUGCGGAGGCUGAAGAUCAUGGGAUUGAUCCUCAAAUCUCAGUCCAACCAUCUCGUCGUGGAAAGCGAAAGGCGGCUGGAACUGCCUCUGCGAAUCAGGAAGACUCUAUCGAACCCAGGCCACAGAAGAAUCACAUUGGGGCUACAGUCGAACCUCUUGUACCGAAAAAACGCGGUCGCCCAAGAAAACCUGUUGAUAAUUCGACUGCUCCUGCACCUAAAAAGCGUGGACGACCCCCAAAGGUGAGAGCCAAAUCAAACGGAGGGGAAGAUGAGCCAGAGGCUGGAGAUAAAUCAGACGACGUAGAUACAGCUCCGCCGAAAAAACGAGGGCGGAAGUCGAAGAACUACGCGGCGAAUGCGAAUGUAGACGAUGGCGAUGCUGAUAAGGCUCGUGAUAGUCCUAGGAGAAGAUCGACUCGCAAGAGUGUGGAAGGAGAGGAGGAGCACGAGCGGCAAGGUGAUGUUCAAAUGGUGGAUGAGCCGCAAUUACACGGGGGCAAUUUGCAGGCAAAUAAUUCGCAGAAGGGCGAUCACCUGGAAGUGGAAGACGACCCAGAUAUUUCCCAAUCAAGGCAACUCGGAGUUAUGUCCACUCAAUCCGCUUAUUUCGACGGGGAUGUCAAUAUGGUUGUUCAGCCUGUAAACAUUCAAACUGAUCAGAGAUUGCCCGACAAUGGAAACCUCACUCGAGCAGAUUCUUCAGAUACCCGCGACGCUUUGUCAACCACACAAACAUCACAGGAGCCGCUUAGUCUACACGAAAACUCUGAAUCAGUGUACAUCUCCACUGAUCCGCAACGAGAAGCCCCAUCCUUAUCUAAGCCAUCAGGGCAGCUAAGACCGAAGGUCAACGUAUCUAACUUGCGACGCGAAAAUGAAUUGUUACGCGUCGUAGAACUCCUGGGAGGCAUUGUCAAUAUUCAAACGAGGGAGCUGUACGAAGCUCACCUUACUCUGUUGGAUUCCCUUGCAAAAGCCGGAGAGCUGACAGGCUUCAUUCAUGAUGUUCCGGAAACAUAUAUAAACCCCGCUACAGUGGGUCCCAAAGCAGGGCCCACGAACUGA